UCUCCCGGCCCUCUGUGUGUCUCCCGGUCCUCUGUGUGUCUCCCGGCCCUCUGUGUGCCAGUCCUCUGUCUCCUGGUCCUCUGUGUCUCCCGGUCCUUGUGUCUCCCGGCCCUCGUGUCUCCCAGGGUGGGGCAGCUGAGGCUUUCCAGGAGCCUGGGUGGCCGGGCAGGGCCCCCUGAACUCAGGCCCAGCCGUGGGAUGGGGAGAACCUAGUCACUGGGCCCUGCUGGAGCCAGCCAGGACCCCAGAAAGCCCCCAACUUUCCUGAGGUACCCUGGGGAGACUGGCUCGAGACAGGACAAACACAUUGGCCAGAACGGCGGGGUCUCCGCGAGGUGGCCCCAGGGCCAUGGGCUGAUGGUCGGAAGCACCCGCCCUGAGCUAUGGCACACUGCUGUCGGGCGCUGGCUGGAGGUGGGCUGGUGGCUGGGGCCUGCCCCUGUGGGAGCUGCCGUGCCCUGUGGGGGCCCGGGGCUGCCCCUGGGGAGGGAGGUGCAGUGUCUGAUGUCAAAAGCCACCCACACAGUGUCAUUGAGUCCCCAUCACCCCCGGGAGGGAGGUGCCGUUACCUUCUGCUUACAGACCGGGAGGCCGAGGCUCAGAGAGCUUAAGUAACCUGCCCAAAGCCACACAGCACAGCAGGCCAAGGAACCCAAGGCUGUGAUGAAGAUUGAGCACCUAAAUGCCACCUUCCAGCCGGCCAAGAUCGGCCACCCCCAUGGCCUACAGGUCACCUACCUGAAGGACAACAGCACGCGCAACAUCUUCAUCUACCAUGAGGAUGGGAAGGAGAUUGUGGACUGGUUCAAUGCACUCCGAGCUGCCCGCUUCCACUACCUGCAGGUGGCAUUCCCGGGGGCCAGUGACGCGGAUCUGGUGCCAAAGCUCUCCAGGAACUACCUGAAGGAAGGCUACAUGGAGAAGACGGGGCCCAAGCAAACAGAAGGCUUCCGGAAGCGCUGGUUCACCAUGGACGACCGCAGGCUCAUGUACUUUAAAGAUCCCCUGGACGCCUUCGCCCGAGGGGAAGUUUUCAUCGGCAGCAAGGAGAGUGGCUACACGGUGCUGCACGGGUUCCCGCCGUCCACCCAGGGCCACCACUGGCCGCACGGCAUCACCAUCGUCACGCCCGACCGCAAGUUUCUGUUUGCCUGCGAGACGGAGUCCGACCAGAGGGAGUGGGUGGCGGCCUUCCAGAAGGCGGUGGACAGGCCCAUGCUGCCCCAGGAGUACGCAGUGGAGGCACACUUCAAGCAUAAACCCUAGCGAGUGCGGUCAGAGGCCCACGGACACAGGACUCACUGUGGAAGACGGAGGGGACCUGUGGAUGGGGGACUCCAGCGUCCUGAUGCCACCUGGCCCCACCUGCUCCUCAGGGCAGCCCGGGCGCUGCCAGGUAGGGCCCGAGCCUCAGUUUCCGGGAUGCUUCUCUGGAACCUCAAGGCAGGCAGCCCCGGCCCUGACCUCUGACCCCGUCACGCUGCUGCUGACCACACCCAGUCAACCUGCCCCUCCCUGACCCAGGGCUCCCCCUUCCUCCAGGGCCCAGUCUGGCUCCCGAGCUCAGACACGGCCCCCAGGAGCCGCCCACCGUGGCUGAGGGAACUUCCAGGCCUCAGCGCAGAGCCCUGUUUGGGGCCGGCACGGUGGGCAGCUGCCGGCCGCUGGGGACUGGGCCCUGCUCGCAUGCCGCCCGCCCUCUCCCCACCUCCACAAGUAUUUAUUGAGCGCCUGUUGUGUGUCACGGGACCGUGGGGGCUGUGGGGGUGUUUGGGUGGAUUAUCCGCACAGGUCCUCCCUGGGCAGGAGUCGCCCCAGCCUGUGCUCCUGGUUCCCAGGCUAGAGGGGUCACCAGGCAGCUGUCCCACCACACGUGGCCUGUGUGUGCCCAGCACGGUGCUUGCUGACAGUGGUGUUUGAACCCUUGGGGAUGAUGGCCUGGGCCGCGGUGAGGCCACCAGAGGCAGAAGUGGCCCUGGGGGGCCCGGGCACUGUUGCACUUGCUGCUGGUGGCCCAGCCGUGUAUUUAUUUCUCACCUAUCUCUUUCCUGUCAAGGCGGGCUGGGCUCCAGGGCUCCCCUUGUGUGGGGCGUGCAGGUGGGGGAGGCGUCUGCAGGUCACCUGGGGGGCCCAGCCCUCUCCCAGCCUUGCCUGGCUGAGCUGUGUUCCAGGGGAGCCCUGGACAAGCCCUCAUAGUGGGGAGGGGGUUCCUGAGGCCGGGCAUCCGCUGCCCUGUGUCACAUCCUGGAAUAAAGUGUGGCUCUGGCAUGGUUCCA